CGUCAGCUCUGAGCGCGAUGCUGGGGAAGGCGAUGAUGCACCCGCUGCUCCUGCUGCUCGUCGGCAGCUUGUUCAUUCGACGCUGCACUUGCGAUGUGACUUUUUCCUCCACCACGAACACAUGGGUUAUCGGUAAUAAUUACAAUGUGAUCGUGAACGUACCGAGGCUAUUCCCAACAAAUGUUAGGACUGGUGGUUUGAAUAUUCCGGUGAUGGUAACAAUUGAUAUGUGGCCCGCGUCCGGGUCGAAUGUGAUCUACACUCUGGUGCCGACUACGCCAACCCAUUCACCUUUCAAUGGCCCAGUUCCAAUCAUGGUCCCCUUGGGCAUCCAGCCAGGAAGCUAUUAUGUUGGGGAAUGUGAGGGAAGUCCCGUAGUAUGUUCGACUGAUGGGGCAUUUUUGAUCAAUGUGGUCACCUCCAUCACCACCACCACUACUACUACCACCACCACCACUACUACUACUACCACCAUCCCCAAGCCCCCCUCCACCACCUCGGACGCCAAGAACCCUCAAACCGGCGGCGCUCCUCCUUCUGUUGUGACCACCAGCCACCAAAGCAUCGUCACGGCGCCGCAGAUCCAGACCACGGGCAAUGCCUUCCUCCCUGCCACCACCGUCGGAGUCGGCCGAGGUGCCGUCACCACCAACGGCGGCUUUCCGCUUGCACCAACCUCGGCCACUUCGGGCUCGUCAACAAGCUCGACCGACGGCUCGGCCAACAGCUCGGUCCCCAACUCGAUCAUCAUCGCUGCCGGCGCUGUCGGCGGAGGAAUAGUCCUUGUUGGAGUGUUUGUCGCAUGCAUCCGAGCCCAGAACAAGAGUCUCGCGGCCCAGAUCAACCGAGAGGCCCAGAUCAACCGAGAGGCUCAGAUCAACCGAGAGGCUCAGAUCAACCGAGAGGCACUGGCCAACAGAGAGGCACUGGCCAACAGAGAGGUGCCUCCUGUUGUCGUUGUCGACCGACCCGAUCGUGCAGACCACCCGCAGCCCGACCAGCUCAAAAUUGCGAGCCGCUCGCAGCCCGAUCGCCCUGAAGCAUUCUCGGCCAGUGAAAAGUACCGUGAGGCAUUCGGGAACUUUGAUGCCGCCACGCAGUCGUCGACCCCUGCACCUCGCUCAGACACAACAGCCAGCGCCGUCACUUCCCCCAGCUCCAAAGUCGACUCGAUCCACCCUCCUUCGUACGAGAGUGUGGCCUCGUCCCCGGCCCUGGCUGCGUCCCCGGCCCUGGCUGCGUCCCCGGCCCUGGCUGCGUCCCCGGCCCUGGCUGCGUCUCCAGCACCCGGCCGGCUCUCGACCCUCAGCUCGAGUGCGUCGUCGCCGGCCGUCGUUUCAGCCAUCCCAACCAUCCCCAAGCUCGACUUCCGCGAGGUCAUCCAGGCUCGACCGGCCGAGCAGCCCGACGAGCUCGACAUUGCCGUUGGACAGCGAGUCGUUGUGCUCCAGGAGCUGCCUGACGGCUGGGCCCUGGCCGAGAGCGAGACCGGGCAGCGAGCCUAUGUCCCGCUCAACCACCUGAAGAAGUGCUCGUGAGGAGCAAUGGCUGCCAAGUGAGGGGCGAGCCACUUGAUGUGUCGCAUGGAGCUGUCGCAGUGGACAUCGUUGUCGAUGCAUGCCAAUGCAUGUCAGUUCGUGCCGAUGCAUAUCAGUUCAAUGCAUGUCAGUCUCGGACGAGGAUCU